AUGGCUCCCUCAUACCCUCCUCUAGGAGAACGCCCCAUCAAGAACACUAUCUGUCUCUUUGACGUCGAUGGCACCCUUACGCCUGCACGGUUGACUGUCUCAUCUGAGAUGCUCAACAUCCUCUCGCGCCUGCGUCAAAAGGUCGCCAUCGGCUUUGUGGGUGGCAGUGAUCUGGUCAAGCAGCAGGAACAGCUGGGCACUGCGGAUAUCGAUGUCAAGACACUGUUCGACUUCUGCUUUGCCGAGAAUGGCCUGACAGCAUAUAAGAACGGCCAGGCUCUCCCUUCCAAUAGCUUCAUCAAGUGGAUCGGCGAGGACCAGUACAAGGAGCUCGUCAACUUCUGUCUGCACUACGUGGCGGACCUGGACAUCCCCGUGAAGCGGGGCACGUUUGUCGAAUUCCGCAACGGCAUGAUCAAUGUGAGCCCUGUGGGCCGCAACGCCUCUGUGCAGGAGCGUAACGACUACGAGGCCUACGACAAGGAGCACAAGGUGCGCCAGAAGUUCGUCGAGAAGCUGCGCGAGCGCUUCGGCCACCUGGGCUUGACCUUCUCCAUCGGCGGCCAGAUCUCCUUCGACGUCUUCCCCACGGGCUGGGACAAGACCUACUGCCUGCAGCACCUCGAGAACGAGGCCAAGAAGCCCGGCGGCGUCGCGUACACCACCGUGCACUUCUUUGGCGACAAGACGUUCAAGGGCGGCAACGACUAUGAGAUCUACAGUGAUCCUCGUACCGAGGGACAUACCGUCAACGGCCCAGAAGAGACCAUGAAGCUGCUCAAGGAGCUUUUUGAUCUGUAA